AUGUGGGCGCAAUGCGGGCUCCGACGGGCUACGAGCAAGGAUGUGGGCGCAGUGGAGAAGAAACCCUACGACGACGACGACGACGACAACAACGGCGACUGCCACGUGGACGGUGACAAAAACGGCGACUGCUACGGCUACGAUUCUCAUGAGAGCUCAGAUGACGAGCCCAGCCCACAUGACGAGUUGGCGGGGUACCUCAUGAAGAUGGAUCCCGCUCCAGCGGAGAUUGAUCGCGUGAUCGACAACCUCAUCAAGAAGAAGGAUGACGACACCACCGUAAAGGAUGACGACACCGGCGAGAAGGGUGACGACAUCACCGAGAAGGAUGACGACAUCGCCGAGAAGGAGAAGAAGGAUGACGACAUCGCCGAGAAGGAGAAGAAGGAUGACGACAUCGCCGAGAUGGAGAACGACGAGGCGAUCCACAACGUCACCGAGAAGAUGCUCACCGCUGCUGGCCGGGGCGAUGAGGAAAGCGAUCAGGACGAUAAGUUCACGUUCAAGUGCCUCCGCGGGGCGACUGCCCCGAACUCGCCCGAGGCUGACUACCUGGACCCCGUGAUCACUCCCGCGGCCUGGACCCCGGUCCUCAACGUCCUCAAGACCCUCGCGGUCGGCGAGGCGGCCGCGCAGGGCAACGUUGCCCACGUCGGAAUCCGUUUCUUGCCCUUGUACGUCGCGCGGUGCUGCGUGGCGUCUCGCUGCGCGUUGCAGUCUGACAUGCUCUUGAAGUACACUUGCGCUACGCCAGCGACGCCGCUCAGCCGCGACUGCUGGCCGCUGUGCCCGAUGGCUAGGUGCCUCACGCCGCUGGCCAGUGCGCUCGGACUGGGCCUGGCCCCGUGCCUGCUCGGGCUGCUGGCCCUGGCCCGCAAGCGCCAGCUCGAGCCCGCUGGUCGCUCGCGCGAGCACGCGGCGCUGGACGCGCUCAAGCAGGUGGUUGGCGUGUGUUGGGCCGCGGUGGUCGGCCGUGCAUGCGGUGGUACCCUGGAUGCCGUCGGUGGUUGGGGCGGCAGCGGCUGUGCGCAGGGCUGGCUGCACUCGCUGCUGGACGCCACCGUCGGGGUGUGGGUCAUGCGGCGCGUCCUGCGGUACUGCCUGCUGGAGGUGCAGCGGCAAGUCGGAGAAGACGUGGCGAAGCAGCUCGCAUCGGGCGGCCAGGAUGGUUCUCAUUACUUCGAGGCGACCGGCCACGUGCGAGCGCGGGCGUACGGCGAGCAGCUGCUGGUUUGGCUCUUCGUGGCGACCUUCAUGAAGGUGUCCACCACGCUGCUGAUACUGGUGCAGGACGUCCAGUUUCAGGCUUUGGCUCGAUACGUGCUGGAUCCCCUGUUGGGCGCGCGUUGGCUUGGACCGCCGUUCCUGCUUGUCACCACGGGGGCCAUGUGGUGCCUGCAGUUCUGGCUCGUGGACGAGGUCCUGGUCGAAGCCAGUGGAGCCUGCUUCUUCAAAGAUGGCGCCAUGUCGGAGCCCCUGCUCAAACAGGCCGAGGCGGAGCGGCAGAGGCUCGAAGAGCUCGCGGAGGAGCUAGGCGCGCUCCGCGAGCAGUGCGAGCUGGCCCGGGCCGACCAGACGUCGGCCAGAGAGGAGUUGCGGCUGGCGAGAGGGCAAGCCUCCGCGCGCCAGCUGGACCUCCGGCGCACGCUUUCGGAGCUGGAAGCGGCGAGGGCAGCUGCUGCUGCUGCCGCCGCCUCUGCGGGCCUUGCUGGUCUGCCUGGAGGCCCCCUCAGCCGGUCCCGCUCCGCAGGCCAGAUCGCGCCAAGUCCAGAGACCCGCUGGGCGGUCGGAUGA